AUGUCCUUCCUGUGGAUCCUCUCGUGCCUCGCCUUCGUCGGCGCCACCUACGGGUGCGGUGUCCCUGCCAUCAAACCUGUCAUCACCGGUUACGCCCGAAUCGUCAACGGGGAGGAGGCCGUGCCCCACUCCUGGCCCUGGCAGGUGUCGCUCCAGGACUACACUGGAUUCCACUUCUGCGGUGGCUCCCUCGUCAACGAGAACUGGGUUGUGACCGCUGCCCACUGCGGAGUCACUACUUCUCACCGUGUGGUUCUGGGAGAGCACAACCGCGACUCCAACUCUGAGGCCAUCCAGGACAUGAAGAUCGGAAGAGUCUUCAAAAACCCGUCGUACAACCCCUACACCAUCAACAACGACAUCACCCUCAUCAAACUGGCGUCUCCCGCUCAGCUCAACACCCGAGUGUCGCCCGUGUGCGUCGCCAACGCCGGAGACAACUUCCCCGGGGGCAUGAUGUGUGUGACCACCGGCUGGGGCCUGACCCGCUACAACGCCAAUGACACUCCUCCCCUGCUGCAACAGGCCGCCCUCCCUCUGCUCACCAACGACAACUGCAAGAACUACUGGGGCUCCAAGAUCACCAACCUCAUGAUCUGCGCUGGAGCCAACGGUUCCUCCUCCUGCAUGGGUGACUCCGGUGGUCCCCUGGUGUGUCAGAAGUCUGGAGCCUGGACCCUGGUGGGCAUCGUGUCCUGGGGCAGCGGCACCUGCACCCCCACCAUCCCCGGGGUGUACGCCCGCGUCACCGAGCUCCGCGCCUGGAUGGACCAGAUCAUCGCCAGCAACUAAACCGCACCUUACACCCAGAGCUCAAUAAACCGAUAAAAUAAA